AUGCAGAGCAAGGCCACGGAGGUCGUAAAGCCCGUCGCCGUCGGCGGCUUUGACCUCGCCGUGCUCCUCUCCACCAACGACAUUGAGCCGCGCGUCCAGCGCCACCUCGUACGCGUCUACGUGACGCUCGCAGCCGCGGUCGGCGCCGCCGCGGCCGGCGUCGUCUUCGACAUCGCGUGCGGUCUCGCCGGCUACACCACAGCUUUCCUCGUCUUUGUCCUCGUGCUCGCGCUCUACCUCUUGCCGAAAGCCAAGUUUGCACAGCGGCUGUGUGUGCUCUUGACACUCGCCACCUGCUGGGGCGCCAACCUUGGCGGGCUCGUGCAGCACGCCCUCGCCACGGACGCCUCGAUCGUCGCCAUGGCCUUUGUGGGCUCGACCAUCGUCUUUGGCUGCUUCACGCUGAGUGCGCUCCUCGAGCGCCGGCGCACCUACUUGUUUCUUGGUGCGUUUGCCGGGUCUGCAAUUCUUGGGCUUGUCCUCGUCGCGCUCGUCAACGUCUUUGUGCGCUCGGCCGCCAUGUACUCGCUCGAGCUCUACGGCGGCUUGCUUCUCUUUUGCUUUUACGUACUCUUUGAUACGCAGCUUAUUGUGGAAAAGGCCAGCAGCGGCGACGACGAUGUGGUGGGCCACGCGUUCGAGCUCUUCCUCGAUUUUCUCAACCUCUUUGUCCGCAUCCUCAUCAUCCUCCUCAAAAAACGGGCCGACGACGACAGCGUCGUCUAA